AUGACAUUAGUACGAUCAUUUAAGCAUAACAGUCCGAUCCUUGUUUCUAGGCUUGCAUCAAAUUCGAUCAAUAUUUCCAGGGAAUGUGUGCUCGCUUACAGCUGCUUUAAUCGUAAACUUCAUAGCUCCAAAGUCCAACAUCGAAAACCUCAAAGAACUGGGUACAACUCAAGUGACUCUACUAUUUAUACUGAUGAUAUCUUAACUGAUAAUAACCCAUGGUCCCCGACCUUAUACGAGGACUCCGUAUUAUAUAGAAAACCCAGAUCAAUCCGGUCUAUUGAAUUACCAUCAAAUUAUAGAUUAUCAUAUCAGCCCUUGUAUGAAAGUCCCACUGGUAAGUAUGUUGGUAUAAUGAAGAGGCUCACAAUUAGUUUUGCAGUUUUAGGAGCCUACGGUGCGAAAUUAUUUUUCGAUUCACCCAACUUUGAUGAUAUUUAUGCGGGUAUAGUGCUAGCCACAUGUGUGACGCCUGCUUUGGUUGUUCAAUAUAAGACAAGGGACUACGUGAGUAGAAUAUUCAGAUUGUAUGACAAGGACAAGCCCCAAACCUUGGAAAAUUUAUUGGCCGAUGAAAAAUUGAUUGUUGAGAAAUUGACAUGGUCUGGUGGUAAGACUUAUAACCUGCUAUUGAAGAUUACAGGAAAUAAUUCCUUGCAGCUCGUUCCUGAGCCCAAAGAUAAAUUAUCCGCUGCGCUAGCUCCCUACGCCAGCUGGAAGGAUGUUGACGAGGAAACAAAGAUUCCUCGAGUAUUCUACGUUGCAGAUGAUGUCGGAGGUUUAAAGAUGGAUAGAAUAUGGGGGAUUGUCGAACACAACAGUGGUGUUGACAACGGAAGAUACAUGGAAGAGGAAGACAAAAGACCACACUAG